AUGGCUAAUAUUAAGGAUUAUGAGUUACUUCAACAAAUUGGUAGUGGUACUUUUGCGGUAGUUCACAAAGCAAUUAAUAAAAAAACGCGGCAGUUUUGUGCAAUUAAAAUAAUGGAUAGAAAGAAAUUUUCAAAGACAAACUACAUUGAUAAUUUAAUUCAAGAAAUUUCAUUCCAUAAAAUGCUCGAUCAUCGAUAUAUAGUCAAAAUGUAUGAUUUCAGUUGGGAUGCUACCAAUAUUUACAUAAUGAUGGAGUUAUGUGAAUUCAGCUUAUCGUCGUUUAUAAAAAAAAGAAACAGAUUACCAGAAAGUACAGUAAGGAUCUUUACAAGAAUGGUAGCGGAAGCUCUUAAAUACCUACGUGAAAACAAUAUAUCACACUUUGAUCUCAAGCCACAAAAUUUAUUACUCACAAGGAACAAUCCUAAUUCUAUUUAUGUUCUAAAACUUUGUGAUUUUGGUUUUGCGCAACAUUUGUCAAGUGACGAGGAAGAAAGUUCGAUGGUUAAAGGAAGCUAUCUUUACAUGGCACCAGAAAUCGCUAUAAAUAGGAAAUAUGACGCAAGAGCUGAUUUAUAUUCGAUAGGUGUAAUUCUUUAUGAGUGUCUUUUUGGAAAUGCUCCAUACUCUUCAAAAACAAUUGAUGAGCUACUUGAAAAAAUUAAAUCUAGACAGAAAAUUGAGUUGUCUUCAAAUGUUAAAAUAUCGAAUGAAUGUGAAGAUUUACUGACUAGACUUUUACAACAUGACCCAGACAAGCGGAUUUCAUUUCAAGAAUUUUUCAAUCACAGUUUUGUGGAUAUGAAGCAUGCACCUAGUGAUGAGAAUAUGGAAAAGGCUAUCGAAAUAUUUCGACAUGCAGUCGAAGAAGACACAAACCAAAAUUAUAAUGAGGCUUAUCACCUGUACUGUGAAGGUCUCACAUACUUUGUUCCAUCUAUUAAUGCUGAAGUUGGUGCGAGGAAAGUAGCAUUGAGAGAAAAGGCUGCAAAUUAUUUGAAUCGUGCUGAAGAGAUCAAGCAGUUUAUAAUUUAUUCAUCAUCAGCACCAAAUGUCAAUGUUAUGGAGCCAGUAACGAAAGCUUCUUCAAGUUCAACACAAUCAGUACAAAAUGCCUUAGAACCUACAGCUAGCUAUAAAGCUCUAUAUGAAAAAUGUUAUUCUAAUGACCAACUCAAAAAUGGUCUAGAAAUCGGCAAGUCUGGAGAAUAUUAUGCUUACGAGCAUAAACUUGAAAAUGCUUUAGAAAACUUUAAACGAGCACUUACAAUCCUCGUUCCAUUACUAAAUAAAGAAACUGAUUCUGAACGAAAGAAGUUGCUACACAAACAAAUUCAAGAAUGGAUGAAAGAAGCAGAGAGCAUAAAAUCAAUACUCGAAACCCAAAGAAAUAUUGAACAAAGUUCCAGUGAUUCAAACACAAAUAGUCAUUGUGUGAUCUCAUAA